AUGAGUCAAUGUCGAGACGAAAAUGAAUCAGACGGUCACGGCCAUGGACAUAGCCACGGUGACCACGACCACGACCAUGACCACGAUGGUCCUGAUAGAGGUGCUGAAGAAUCACUAUUUUCUCAGAUUAAUCAAGAGAACGUACGAUGCUUAAAUGAGAGCGAACCAGGUGCAGGGAAGAAGGUUAUAAAGCCAUGGCACGAACGAAAUGAUACAACAAAGUACGUAGAGAGCGAUGCUGACGAACAACUAAUCUUUUUCAUACCAUUCACUGGCAGCGUCAAACUAAAGUCAAUUCUAAUCAAAGGUGGACCCGGAGAUAGCUGUCCGGCAAAAUUGAAAGCGCAAGUAUCAGCUGACGUUCAAACUUGUUGA